AUGGAUCAUCUAGUGCGCUACAACAACGGUUAUACGGUAUAUGGAUUUUGGAAAAAUAAUCAACAUUGCAGAAAACUAGAGCAUGAUGAACUCAAGAAACUUUUAGAAUUAAAAUUAGACCAUGUUAAAUAUCCUUUGUCUCGGGUUAAUAGUUUUAAAUUAUACGCAGCACAAAUUUUGGAUAUCAAAGAAAGAGAUAAGCCCACUAUUGAGAUUGUUCCUAAUUUGGAAUGGGAUGAGUAUUACAGAGUAUUUGGAUCUUGGAACUGCAAAACCUGCAAAAAGAAAUGGAGUAGUGCCUACACUUGGAUAUCUCUUCGUGAAUUUAUGUUUAAAACGUCGGCGAAAAACUUAAAAAAUUACUACAUGCAACAGUGCAUUAAUUGCAAUGAAAAGAAAAAAGAUAGUGAUACGAGCGUUAUCUAUAA